UUAAAACCAUAAUAAUCCCGCGGGCUGAUAUCAAGGAAGUGUGAACUGAACAACUUAUUUUAAUGUAAGUGUAUAGUUGGCCAAGUCAGUGAAAGCACAUUAAAAGUAGUAAAUAUUUGGAGGAAAUCAAAAUUUGUUUCAAGAUGUUGGGAGUUUUCCCGGAAGAUGAAGGAACAAACUACAUCAGGAGGAGGCCCUCCAGAUUACCCAAGUUUGGAACAAAACUACGUGAUUUCUCAAAACCUGGGCUGGAUGUCACCGCAGGGGAUGCCCGGAGAUACUCGGCGACCGGUGACAUGUCCCUGCAAGUUCCGCAACAACGACGUAAGUUCAGCAUCCCCGCAGCGCUCCAGCAGAACCUUCUGGGCCUUCCUCAGAGUUCUGCCCGACGCAGACUCAGCAAUGUCAGUGAUGUUAUUACCAGAAAGUUCUCUGACAUCGGCUGGGCGCGUCACUCCAGCAUCCCCACUACUGACAUCAUCCUACAGGGAAAGACACUGUGUGGCCAGUACGUCCGAUGUAGACUCAAACGGUCCAACAUGUUCAACCGCAAGUGCGGGUUGCAACGGUUACGCAGCGCGGCCAGUCUGCCCGCCAGCUACGUUGUACGAGAGGUGUUCCCGGAACUGUUACACAUCGGAGUGGAGCUGGAGCGGCUACAUCCGGAGCUGUACACUGGAGUCGGACGUCAGGCAAGCUCCACCCCUAUCUUGGCGACUGAGAAGGCCAUCAACAAUGUUAUCACAGGCGUGGCUCAUGAGUUGUCCAACUCAGGGAUGACCUGGGCUAAAGUAGUGUCUCUGUACGCUGUGGCAGGAGGUCUCGCUGUGGACUGUGUCAGACAGGGACACCCUGAAUUUCUACAAUCACUGGUUGAGUCUGUAGGAGAAGCUCUUGAAGAUGACAUUGCUGAAUGGAUAGCCCACAAUGGAGGCUGGACUGGGCUCCUGUCUUACUGCAAGCCCCCCAACAAUGAGAUCUCUCUGGGUGGUUUUGUGGCUCUGUUGGGAGCCGCAAUGACUACGUUCCUUGUGGUGGUUGUACUCCUGCGAUGGUACGGGAGAUUCAACUACUUCUAAUGUAAGAUAUUUUGUAUUAAUAAGUAUUGUUAAAAAUAAAUUUUU